GGAAUGCUUCGGAAGCUGGAAAUCCAGAAAGAGGAAGAUCUGCAGUCAGUGUGUGAAGUGGCUGCCCACGUGUUCAGUGAUGGAGUAACAAACUGGGGUAGAGUGGUGACGCUCAUCUCAUUUGGUGCCUUUGUUGCGAAACACCUGAAGAGCAUAAACCAGGAGAAAUGCAUCAGCUCGUUGGCAGGGAUCAUCACGGAUGCACUCAUCUCAUCGAAGCGCGAGUGGCUCAUGAGCCAAGGAGGCUGGGAGGGCUUUGUUGACUUCUUUCGAGUCGAGGACCUGGAAGGCAGCAUCAGAAAUGUACUGAUGGCAUUUGCAGGUGUGGCUGGACUGGGAGCAAGCUUAGCCUACAUGAUCCGGUGAGCCGGGGUGUGCUGCAGAGGGACAAAACUCUGGGUGGACUGUCUGUCUGGGACUGGUGAGCUCAUCGCUUCUUCCUGUGACGAGGAGAAUAUUUAGGCAUUCCCUGAGCAAUCCUUUCCUAAGGCAGAAGGUGCGGGUACCGAUGAGCAUUUAUUGUUUUGGGACAGAAAGUGGAAGAAUUGAUAGUCUGCUUCCUUCAGGAGGAUGAUGACAGAAGGCUCAAGUGGACUGCUCCAGUUUUAUCCUGGAGGGAACUGAUCUGCUUAGCAGCAAGCCAGCGAGCACCAGCAGCUCUUGUCUGGACUGAAGCCUCCUGGGCUUGGCACAGCAGCUGUGCGUGGAGCAGAUGUUUCAGGGUUGUGGUUGUGUGUUUCUGGAAAUAACAUCUGCUGCUGCCGUCCUGCCUAAACUUGUGGCUUUUCUGUUGGAGCAGAAGCACCGAAUGCUGGGUGUGUGCGAGCCUGUGCCUGCCCCAGGUGUGCUGGCGAGGGGCCUCCGGCUGCUGCUGAAUCUGCACACAUCCACCCUCCAGAAGCAGCUGAGUUGUGUCAGCAGCCAGGACGGGCACCCUGCUGCCAAAACACGGGGUGCUGGAGCCCCGCCUGGCCCCUGCCCUCCCAGCAGGGCUUCAGCCAGGUCACUGGGCAGGCGGAGGAGCUUCGAGGGUGGGGAGAGGCGGGGCUGGGUGCGGUAACCACAGCCAGCUGCAGCGCAGCGGUGUUGGCUAGGCUGCCUGAUCACGGCUAUACGGAUGCAACUCACCACACGUAGGCAAUUUAAAAAUAGUGCGUUUGUAAGUAUGUAAAACCCCACAUGGGGUGGGGACGCUGUAAAGGACAUGUAAAAAUCUAUAAAUCUGUAGAAUAUGUACAGUUUUACAGAGCUAAUGAUACAAAAAAGGAGGAAUUUUGAAUGUGGUAGAACUGCUUAUGGGUGCACUGUACUUCAUUCCUCAUGUGAAGUAGCAUUUUUGUGGCAAAGCCUUCUCCUGCCUUGACUCCGAGCACGCCUUUCUCUGAUGUACUUGAGUAAACGUUGCCAGGGAGUGUAACAACGAUCAGUGCCCUGCUGGACUCUCAUUGUGCCCGUGGCUUGCUGGCAACACUUGAUGUUUCUGUUUAUUUUAAUCUUCUUGGUUAUUCUAGCCCUUCUGGCUGGUGGGGAGCUGCGGAAGUUUGUAUCAGUUACUUCCUUGUCUUCCUUACAUUUUGAUCCUCUAAGCCAUGAGUCAAACGAAGCUGAUAUUUGAAUGUAAAUGUUCUGGAGCAGAAUAAAACUCAUCAGCUCGGAUCUGCAGCUUGUGCACAUCCGUUGGUGCCAGCCCUGGGCUCAGUCCCUGGUCCCCAGCUGGUAGCAUUGCUGCUUGGUGGGCUUGUAGUGCUUGGCCACCUCGUGUCCUCCCACCGGGGACAGGUUGGUCCUUGGGGAGCUCCAUGGGACUGGGCUCUGCACAGUGAGGAACAUCCUUGUCCGUGCUGCCUGACCUGCAGCCUGAGCAAUGCCCCAUGAAACCCCAAGUGGAGAGCUGAAAGAUGGUGCUAUUGUCAGGUCUGCUUGUUUGCUGAACAAGCACUUAGUUUUGUUAAUAAAUUUUUUUGUUUUAUUCUC